UCUUUCCCAUGUUGCGCACCAAUGGCGGGGCAGGUAGAAGACAGACUAUGGAAAUGUCUGAGCAAACAGCAGCCCGCGCCUUGAGUAGCAGCAGCUCUGGGCUCUGCCCGGCCCCCCUUUCUGCCGAGUAAAGUGCAAGAGAUGUCACGUGAUCUCCCGGCGGCAGGGUGAGCCUCUAGUGAAUACAUCAUCUGCAAGAUCGGAGCCUGGAUCUGCUCCCCCGCUGCGGGUGCCGGCACCCAUCUCCUCACGUCUGUCUGUCUGUCUGUACACAGGACUCUGCAUGUGGAACCUUAGGGACAGCACUAGGGCUGCACAGACUGAUAACGCACUCGGAUUUUGCCUGCUCCUUGCGCCCUGACUGGCUUUGCUGGAUAAGGGGUUGGACUUGAUUUUUUUUUUGGAUUGUACCCCAUUUUACUAAAGCUUCCACCCUAUUGACUUUUAACCCUUCAUAUGCUGGUGGCUGCUGAAGUUUGGCUGCCCCUUUCCCUGAGUGUGUUUGUUCCCAGGCAGCACAAGAGCUUUUUUCAUGUGUCUCAUGUUGGAGAUCUGGGAUCAUCUGAUUCAUAUCAAACUCUUCUCUGCUCUUACAAGUUGAUCUCCAGGGGACUGGGCACCAGCACAGAGAGAGGGGGGAGACUUUAUUCCUGCCUGGAUGCCUAUGGCACAGUCUGCCCCUCAUCUUUAUGCAUGUGGCUGUUUCAUGCACAGGACUUGGAUGCGUUUCUAGGAGUUUACUGGGUUUUUUUUUUCUCUUCCCCCUUAUUUCUGUUCCAUUAGAGAAUCUAUUGAUGAACUCUCAGAUUGGAUGUGAGACAUCAGUCAGUUGGUAGGGUCGCUCCAUCUCCAUCCUCUGCCAUCACCCCUGCUCAAAGGAAGGACAGAGGCGGGGGGUGAGGAUACAUAAAGUACCCCCAAAGGCUGACUAAUCGCACAGACAGCACCUACACACUGCUGCUACAUUGGGGCACUGCAGCCCUUAGUCACCUGUCUGUGUGUGUUAGAGUGCAAGCCUCUAUCACUGAUACUGUUCCUCUGUAAGACUGCAAGCUUCUAUCACUGAUACUGUUCCUCCAGCAAGUGGCACCGACACAAAACCCUGCUUAUAACUUUGUGCAGCAGGAGUGUUGAAGCCAUUACUGAACACACACUGCCUGCAGGGUUUAGGGGGCAUCGGCUUUGUUGGAAGGCAUAACGCACCCCUUUGGGGAUGUCUCCCUUGAAUCAAAGCCCUACUCUGGGCGCAGGGAGUUCUGUGUGAAUGUGCACCGCCCUGCCCCUUCUGUUCUCGGUAGCAGCAACAGCAGCCAUCCAGCCUCCAGCUCCCCCGUGAGUCGAGCUCUGCUGCAGCAUUGCCCCGUGACACCAGCACUAAUUCCCAGUCAAGCAGCGCUCCUGUCCCCCUGUACUGCUCUGCGACUCUCGCGCACCCACUUUCUGGUCGGGAAUGAUGUUGCACGUGGAGAUGUUGACGCUGCUGUCUAUGCUGCUGUGGAUGUGUGUGUGCAGCCAGGAUCCUGGCUCCAAGGUGGUGGCUGAUCGCUAUGCAGUGUAUUGGAACAGCACCAACCCCAGGUUCAUGAGAGGUGAUUACCACAUCGAUGUCUGUAUCAAUGACUACCUAGACGUGUUCUGUCCUCAUUAUGAAGACUCAGUUCCUGAAGAUAAAACUGAGCGCUAUGUUUUGUACAUGGUGAAUUUUGAUGGUUACAGCUCCUGUGAUCAUACAUCCAAAGGCUUCAAGAGAUGGGAAUGCAAUCGCCCUCACUCCUCUAAUGGACCACUAAAGUUUUCAGAAAAAUUUCAGCUUUUCACACCCUUCUCAUUAGGGUUUGAAUUCAGACCAGGGCGGGAGUAUUAUUAUAUAUCAUCUGCAAUUCCAGUUAACGGAAGAAGAGCCUGCUUAAAGCUCAAAGUCUAUGUACGACCACCAAACAGCUGUAUGAAAACUAUAGGUGUUCAUGACCGUGUUUUCGAUGUUAACGACAAAGUAGAAAAUUCAUUAGAACCAGCAGAUGAUACAGUUCAUGAAUCAGCUGAGCCAUCCCGUGGUGAAAAUGCAGCACCAGCACCGAGGAUACCCAACUGGCUUUUAACAACCCCACUGUUUCUCCUGGCAAUGCUUUUGACGUUAUAGCACAGUGUACUGUACUUCACAGACAAGCCGAAGAAAAAAUAGGAUCUUAGAACAUCAUAGAUCCAACUAACUGCUUCAACCAAGGAAAGAACUUUUUGUUUUGCUAAUUUCCAGUUGCUCUUUGUUUUGUUUUUUUUGGAUUUGUUUCCCCGCAAAGUUUCCACUGAACAUGAAUAGAAAAAGAAUAAUAUACUUUAUUACACUUCAGUCUUGGCUUUAUCGUUCCAGUGCUGAAAAGACUUCUGCCAAAUUUUUAAUAGCAAAACUAGUGAUUCUCAUUUUCCCUUGCAUUCAUUUUUAGGAAAUCAGCUAAUGUUAUUCACUGUUACCCUUAUGGAUAGAAAAUGUUUGUGGCACAUAUUCAAAAUAAAGCAAAAAAAAUAAAUAAAAGGAAGCCCAUUGUCAAAUACAAAUUCAUACUCCAAACUACAGUGUCAUAAUUAUGGAACUGGAUGUGAGCUGAUCUGUAUCUUUCUAAACCACAAAUUCCAGAAGAUGUUUAGUGAACAUUUAUCUGUGUACAAACAAUAGUCCAUAGCUAACUAGCGCUCUUACCUGCACUCUCUAUACAGAGUUUUCUUUUUUUUUUGUUUUUCUUUAACAUAUACUGAGCAAACCUAAAGUGCACAGCACUUCACUGUUGCUGCCAGUAGGCAACGCAAAGCAGAAACAGCCCUCCAAGGUGCUACUGUACAUGUUGAUUUUGCUGUUAUUGUAUGGCUCACAUGCAUUUUGUAUAUAAAGUGACCUUGCUCAACGGAAACCUGAACAGAAGACGGCUAUAAACCACUUUUCUUUUUAACAUUAAUUCCAGUAAUUUCUGCAAAUUCUAAUUUUACUUUACUGCCAGUUGGAUGUCUGGUAAUCAUUUCACUAUGAAAUUUGUUUUACUUGGGAGAUAAAAAUUAUUGAAGAAAUAUCUGAAAAGAGAGUACUCAUUAAAAAGCCUAUCUACAAUCUUUUUUGAAAAAAUGUAUCUUUGAAUCAAGCAUCUGUUUAUCUCCUUCAUUCAUGAAGAUUUUAGCGAUGGAGAGAAUUUAUUGCAAUGUUUCUCGUUAUAUUUUUGGAUAUUAAAGGGGCACUGUAUGCGUUUGUUCAACCAUUAUAAAGGGUUCCUCUGUUGAAUAAGGAUUUUAACAAUUCCUUGUUUUGAAUUAAAACAUUCUAACAAUUGUGUAUUUUUUUCUACAGAACAAUAAAAUAAAAAAAACAUUUAAUUUUAUAAGCAACCUUAACUCUUUUUAGAAAAAGGGACUGGUAUUUAGUUAGACUUUCUAGUAAAACAUACACUGAAUAUUUGCUAUUUAUUAUAAAGCUGAACUCAUUGCAGAUAGUAGCCCAUUUAUGCAAAAUCCAUUAUAUAUUGUUUCUCAGACUCAAAUUCAUAGGAAUCUCUAAAAUCAAAGCAUCUCUGGUUAAACCGCUUAUUAUAAUUUAUGCAAAUAAUGUUCUUUAGCCAGAACUUACUUUCAAAACUAAACCCUUUUAUUUGGAUAUUGUUGUGAGCACUGGUGUAUAGGGAUGGGCACAUUUUUUCGCCUUGUUUCGCCGAAAAAAUUAUGCACAUAGACUUGCAUAGCGUCAUGCGUCAAAAUAAAAAGACGCGCAUUUCUCAUUGUAUCACAACAUUUUUUUGAUGCGCAUAGACUUUAAUGGGCAUCGGCGACAUUUCGCCAGCGGGGAAUUUUUGAUGAAACGGGUCAAAUUCGCCCAUCCCUACUGGUGUAUAUUGUUCCUUCAAUUAUCACUUAUCUCCCAAAAGACCUUACCAGUGAGAUUUGAAGCAUUUAGAUGUAAUGUAAUAUUUAUUGUUAGGAACUGUAGGAAUUGUUAAAACUGUUCAGGGUGCCUUGAGUUUUUUUUUUUUAUUACACCAAGAAUUUGGCUUUGAUAUUAGAAAUCCACCAAAUGUAUGUUGUAUAAUAAAGCUUUUAAAAACUGUGACUAUGUUUAAUAUGAAAAAGUCCGCUACAAUGAAAUGUUUAAUAUAUUUGUAAAAACAACAUACUAUAGACCUGAAGCAACAGGAUUGUAAAAGCUAGUCUGCAAUUUUUUCUGCCUGGCAAAAUAAUGUGUUUCCUAAAAAUAGAAAUGCAUUGGAAGAUUGAAGAAGAGCCUUCAAAACUCCAGGUGCAGAGGUUGCUUUCUUUAAGAUAUAGUAUUAUGCAAUUUUUUUUAGAACAUGUAUACAAUAAACUACAACAAAGCACAGAAUUAUGCAUUGUGGAAAUAAUAAGAGAUGCAAGUAUAUUAUAAUUACCUGGCUGCUGGAGGAGCCAGUAACCUACAGCUGUACAUCAGAGAAGGCCUUGGCAGUAAUGGGAUUCACCUCUGUACUAUACUUUCCAUUGGAUUACUUGGGCUAGAAAAAAAAUAUAUUUUCUUUGGGAAUAACAGAAUUUAUUGUUUUACAAGGGCUUAUUAAUAUAGUCAUGGCAGGUAGUCUUGCCCUUGUUAACAACAGGUAAUGCAAUAAAUAAUUUAUUGAAGAAAAAAAGAUAACACAAACAUGAGCAUUGUUCAAAUAAAUUUCGGAAAUUUGCUGCUGGUUCAGUCAAUAGAAGAACUGAAGCCAACUGCACCUUUAAAUUAAUAAAGUUGUGUGUUUAAGAAAAUAAAAGCCUUAACUAUGUUUUAGGAAUAUUGAUUUUAAUUAUUUUUCUUUAUCAUUGGACAUUAAACAGUAAUUGUCUUUUCUAAGGGAGAGAAAAAGAAAUUCUUAAAACCACUCAAUUACUUGACAGUCACUGGCUGGAACUUGAAGAAGUCAAAUCGUGGUAACAGAAAAAGAGUCAAAUAUAAAAAUAAUCUUGUGCUAGAGGUUUUUUUCACCUUCAAUUUUAGAUAAUCAUUUCUUACCUAUCUUAAGGUUGGUGCAAAUUUGAUUGAUAAUUGCACUUGAGAGACUACUUUUGGUAAAUUCUCCUUGGUUUUCUUUCUCACUCACUUUCUCUCCUUUUCCCCCUCCCAUGAACUUUUAAGGCCAAGGAAAGGGUAAUUUAUUAACCCAUAGUCCUGGUUGUCUGUAGCUUUUCAAUUUGAAGAAGGGGAUUAAGCAUCAGUCUGUUUGGUGGAUACUGUGUAUCCUUUAACACAAAAGGUAACAUUUCAUGUUAGAUUAGAAUAUUGUUUUGUAUUGCACCUUCUCAGAUGGCAAAGAAUAUAGGAUACAGUUAAACAAAACAUACCUUCUUUAAAUUCUGUAUUAUUAGCAACCUAUGCUGUAAAUAGUGUUUGAUAAUAAAGUAUUGAAUCAAUUCUUAUGUCUUUUGUAAGUUAAUACAUUAGACUUUCCGGCCACAAACAUCCUAUUUGUUACUAAACAGAACAAAGAAGCUUUGAGAUUCUACUAAGACAUGUUUGGUUGUUAUCACAAGAGCUCCAUAGACCAUAACCCCGAGCAACGUCACAUUUAAUGAUCAAUGUUUUGUACUUAAUGUUUAUAGGUCUAAUUUAAGAGCACUCUGUAUUUUUUGGAAAGUUGAGUGAACAGGGUGUUAGGGAUUUUUUAUGCAGGACUUGUUUAUGAUCAUUUUCAGGGGAUUCAUUUUUGUGCUCUUUCACAUGCUUGUUAGCCAUGUAUCAAAACCAUGAAUUAAUGUUUAUGCCAGAAAAGCAUUGAUCAAGAAAUGUAAUCUUUAUGUUAUAACAUUGUGAAACAUUGCUAUUUUUUCCAUCAUCAGUAGAAAUCAAAAUAUUUGCAUCUUCACUGGACAAUGUUAUGUUAACUUCAUAAUGUCCUAAUAUAAAUGUUAUAGACUGAACACUUAUCAUAUAUCUGUGGCCACUUAUUUGAAAUGUCUACCCUUUUCUUUUCUGCUCUAUCUUUCUCUUUUCAAAUAGUGAAUGAGAUCCGUCCUUCUUUUGGCAUCACUGAGUUUUUCCCAGGCAUUCAUCCCAAGGGUUCUCAGAUCUUAGACAAAUCUUCAUAUGAUACGCUUACUGCCAUUGUCUGUACAGUUUAAUAGAUGCUGGCAUGUUGAAGGUUACCCAUGAGUCUACAAAAUCUGUUUUCCAUACUUACUUUUGACAUCUCAUUGAAACCACUCAUUGUGUGUGCAUCUGAGUAAGAAAGUCCUGCUCAGUGUGGUUCUGUGCUUGUUCUACCCUGCUUUGCAAUUACUAUUCAUUAAGUGCUGUUUUGAAAUGCUUACAUUAUAAGAAUCAAAAGAAAUGUUAAAAAAAAUCAUAAACUGUAUUUGUAUAUACACGUGUCCAUACAAUUAUACUUAAAUAAAAAAAUGACCGAUUGUCACCAUUUUA